AUGGCGCAAGCGGUGGAAGAGUGGUAUAGGCAGAUGCCAAUCAUAACGCGUUCGUACCUCACGGCCGCCAUUGUUACCACCAUCGGUUGCUCUCUCGAUAUAAUAUCUCCUUAUGAUUUGUACUUGAAUCCGAAGCUCGUUGUUAAGCAAUACCAAAUCUGGCGUGUCAUCACCAACUUUCUGUAUUUCCGUAAGAUGGAUUUGGACUUUUUGUUUCACAUGUUCUUUCUCGCCCGAUACUGCAAGCUUCUUGAAGAGAACUCGUUUCGUGGUAGGACUGCUGAUUUCUUCUACAUGCUAUUGUUUGGUGCGACAGUGUUAACUGGUAUAGUACUUCUUGGCGGGAUGAUUCCAUAUGUCUCAGAGUCGUUCGCAAAAAUCAUAUUCCUCAGCAAUUCUCUCACCUUUAUGAUGGUAUAUGUGUGGAGCAAGCAGAACCCAUUCAUUCACAUGAGCUUUCUGGGCCUUUUCACCUUCACGGCUGCCUACCUGCCAUGGGUCCUUCUAGGGUUCUCUGUCCUUGUUGGUGCUAGUGCUUGGGUGGAUCUUUUGGGAAUGAUAGCAGGCCAUGCCUACUACUUUCUUGAAGACGUGUACCCACGAAUGACAGGUCGUCGACCCCUCAAAACUCCAUCUUUCAUCAGGUCCUUGUUUGCGGACGAGCCAGUGGUUGCCGCCAGGCCAGCUAAUAUCAGAUUUGCUGCCCCACCUGUAGAUGAUGCUCAAUGA